AUGUCAAACACAGUCGGCUCGUCGGGGCCUGCUCCCGGCAAAAUACGUGGACCUGGAAGACCACCGAAACGUACUUGCACUUGGUGUGCUGAAAGUAAAACACCUCUUAAGUAUAUAUUACCUACAGAGAAUGGGAAAAAGGAGUUCUGUUCUGAAACUUGUUUGUCAGAGUUCAGACAGGCUUACAGCAAAGGCGCUUGUCUUCAUUGUGACAAUGUUAUUCGAGGAAAUGCACCUUCUGGUAGCAAGAAUUUUUGUUCUACGUACUGUUUAAAUAAAUAUCAAAAGAAAAACGAAAAACGGACUAUUUCGCCACAAUCUGGUAAUGGAGCAAAUGGAUCAGAGAAUCAUUCAAAUAAUAAUUCCACAGGUUCAUUUUAUGAUAUUUAUCAAGCUUUCGAUUGGAAUGAAUAUAUGAAAGACACAAACAGCACAGCAGCACCCCAAGAAUGUUUUAAGCAGGCCCCUGUACCACCUGUAAACGAUUUUAAAGUAGGAAUGAAAUUAGAGGCUUUAGACCCUCGAAAUUUAACAUCAACAUGUAUUGCUACCGUUGUGGGAGUACUUGGACCACGUUUGAGGCUAAGGCUUGAUGGUAGUGAUAAUAAAAAUGAUUUCUGGCGUCUGGUUGAUGCAGGUGACAUACAUCCUAUUGGUCACUGUGAAAAAAAUGAUGGAAUGUUGCAGCCUCCACUGGGUUUUCGUAUGAAUGCCAGUAGCUGGCCCAUGUUCUUGCUCAAAACUCUUAAUGGAGCUGAAAUGGCACCACCCAAAAUAUUUCAGCCAGAACCUCCUACACCAAAAUCUAAUCUGUUUGUUGUUGGUCAAAAAUUAGAAGCUGUUGACAAGAAAAAUUCACAACUUAUUUGUUGUGCUACAGUUGGAGCAGUGAAGAAUGAUCAGAUUCAUGUAACAUUUGAUGGCUGGAGAGGAGCUUUUGAUUAUUGGUGUAGGUAUGACUCCAGGGAUAUAUUCCCUGUAGGUUGGUGUGCUAGGGCAGGACACAAUCUUCAACCUCCAGGUCAGAAAAGUGCUGUUACUCCAUCAAGAUUUAAAUUACGACCAAGUGGAAUGCCUAAUCCUGCUCUUCCAGAAGGAGGGUCAACUGGGGGUGGCAACUCUAACAGUUCUGCUACAUCUACCCCAGUGCCUUUAGUUUGUCUUCGUAUCCGUAGCAGCUGUUCUGGAGGGAGUAGUUCCUUGCCAAGUGCUGUUGCAGCCACUGGGCCCUCAGGUGUUGCAGAAGCACUUGUGAAAGAGUUGCUUAGUGUUCAUCCAGAUCCACAAAGGUUGACAAGAGCAAUACUCACUGCAUCUAGUAGCUAUUCUAAUAUAACCAAUGUCCAGGUAACAUCUGGAAGUAAAAAUUAUACUGUGAAAGUCCCAACAGAGUUAACUAUAGAUAACCUUAAGAAUUGGUUAAAAGCGGUGUGUAAUGGUGUAGGCUGUUGCAUUGGCAUGAUAGAAAUUGACACAGGAGAAGUUGCAGGCAGGCCUUGCACUCUUUGUGGAGAAUCUACAUCAAACAAUGUAUCAUCCAAUAAAGAAUCAUCUGGCGUUAAAAGGCCCAAUACUGAAGAAUUAGCCGGUAGCAGCGUAAACGGUUCUGAGUCGUGCUCGAGCGGUAAGAUGGCGCGGGUGUCGCCGGAGCGGCCGGAGCCCGCGUCGUCCACGACGGGCGCGCCGCCGCCGCCCGCUCCCGGCGCGCCGCCCGCCGACUGGUCGGUGGAGGACGUCAUCGGCUUCAUCGCCGCGGCCGACCAGGCGCUAGCUGCACACGCUGACUUGUUUAGGAAACACGAGAUAGACGGAAAGGCGUUAUUGCUGCUUAACUCCGAUAUGAUGAUGAAAUAUAUGGGUUUGAAACUGGGCCCAGCUCUGAAAAUAUGUAAUUUGGUAUCUAAAAUAAAAAGUCGUCGACAUUACAGCACAUAA